CCCAUGAAAGAGGUGAAAGGAGAAUGGCGGCCUCCAUCAUUGAUGACUGGCAGUCCUGCAGGAACAUACAGUACUGUAAUAAAUACAUGUGGACCAAUCAGAUUGCAUGUGACAUAGAGUUCCUGGUGGGAGAGAACAAGGAGAGGGUGUCGGCUCACAAGUACGUUCUGGUUAGCAGGAGUUGUGUUUUCUUCUCCAUGUUCUGUGGACCCCUUGCUGAAACACAAAGGGAAAUAACUCUACCUGAUAUUGAGCCUCCUGUUUUUAAGGCGCUCCUAGAGUUCCUCUACACUGACUCUGUAGACCCACAGCCAGAUAUUGUUCUGCCAUUGCUGUAUGCUGCCAAGAAGUAUUCCAUCCAGGCUCUGGUGAAACAGUGCAUUCAGUAUCUUGAACUGGAUCAAACCACAGAGAACAUCUGUGCUAUUCUUGAACAAUCACAUUUGUAUGAUGAACAUGAACUUCAGAGGAAAUGCAUGAGCUACAUCUGUCGUCACACUAAAGAGGUAUUACAUUCAGAAGAUUUUCUGAACCUCUCCUCCAAAUGUCUUGAAGUUAUUUUAUCCAGUGAUGAAUUACAGAUUGAUGAGAAAUCAGUUCUAGAUGCUGCCCUGAAGUGGGCACUUGCUCAAUGUGAGGUGAAAGGUUUGGACAUCAAUGCAGAGAACCAAAGGAAGGUUCUGGGGGACAUUAUCUAUCUGGUAAGGUUCCCAUUACUCGGGGAUCAAUAUUUCACUGAGGUUGUUGCAGAUAUGGACAUUCUCACUGAUGCCGAAAAAGUGGAACUCUUCAAGUUCUUCUUUAAGAAGGAGAGAAGUAAAAAGUGUAAGUUCAGUGCAAUAAACAGAUACUCUGGACUGGAUUCUCCUACCUCCAUGACGACAUCUUUCCACUCGGAUGUAAACGACAGUCGGCCCAUACAAACCUGUAUCCGGUAUCAAACGGUUUACGAGGACGGUUCGUGGUACUGUGGUGGUGAACCAGAUGCCAUUUCCUUCACCUGCAAUGAGAAGAUCUCCCUGCAUGGUAUUCUUGUCUAUGGAUCGUACAUUGGUGAAGGAGUGUACGAUGUGACCUGCUCCAUUUACGAUACGAUGGAAACAGAAAAGGUCACCCGAAAAACCAGGUUAAAAACCAGCGAGAGCCAGCACACAUAUCCAAUCCUCUUAGAGACGCCCAUAGAUAUUGGACCAGGAAAGAAGCACUCGUUAGUGGUGAAACUAAUUAGCUCUGACGGGCUGGACACUUAUCAAGGGAAGAAUGGGCUCAGCACGGUCACCUGUUCAGGUGUGCGCUUCAGCUUCAGUAAAUCUAAGUUCAGUCGCAAUGGAACGGACGUGAAGAUUGGACAAAUUCCUGGCAUCUUGUUUACAACUAACAAGGACUUCUCAGACGAAUAUGACUCCACAUAAUUAUUUUGUACACUGUUCAGGAAUUCUUUGUACUAGUAACCAAACUGCAAAUUGUAUAAAUGUCAUACAUGUACUAUACAAUCUUAAUCAGCAUAAUCAGAAAUUAUUUAAUAGUAGACUAUACAUUAAUAAUCUAUGUGAAAAUUGCUUAAAUUAUAAGUACAAAUGUAGUAAAUUAUACACUUGUAUUUACUUUUUAUGCCCUUUACUAUACAUUGCAUUUACUGAAAACAGUUUUGUAUUUGUGUACUUCAGUAAAAUAAUACAUGUCCUUUUAUUGAACAGAUAUUAUUUGCAUAACCUGAAAAUUAUACAAUUGUAUAUAA